AUGGCUCUAUCUGUUGUUAGAGAAAAGCAACUCUCAGUGUUAAGUUAUAAGGACAGUGGUCACGACGUGGUGGAGAAGUGGGAGGUGGAGAUGUGGGUGACCAAUGAAAUUGAUACAGAAGCAGAAGAACAAGAGUUGUCAUGGAGCAAAUCCUUUGCAGUGGGCUUAAACCGUAUUCGUGUUGAUUGUCUCUAUGUUCAGACGAGUCUUUUGAUCGACGAGGAGAAGAAAGUGGCCUUGUGUUGUAAUUUAUAUCUCGGUAGUGGUAGUAGUAACUUGAACGUGGUAUACAUUAUGGGAGAAGACGAUGAUGAAUAUUACAAAGAAAUCCCUUAUAUAGAAAAACCAAGAUUUUUCGGAAAUCGCAGCAAUCAGCAGACAAGGCAGAACCCUGAAACGGAGAAGAAGACAUCAUCCGUGAUGCUAGACUGCUCUCUUCUCGAGGAUUUUGUUUCGAAACUGCAGCUGUCUCCGUCUCCGUCAGCAAAAAUGGUAACAAAAGAGCACACAUUGUCCAUGCCAGACUGGUCUCUUCUCCCUGAUGAGCUGCUUCAAGUUAUCUCCGAGAAACUGGACAACUGUUUCGAAGUUGUUCAUGCUCGCUCUGUUUGCAUCUCGUGGCGAUCAACAAUCCCCUUUCCUUCUUGUCUAAUACGCACAAGUUACUCUUUUCCCUCGUUCAGGGAGAUCUCUCCCAAGCACCACGAAGACUUGUGCACCCUCGAGAAGAUCCCUUUGUUCCUCUUCAGAGUCCGUACUCCUGCUGCUGCUAAGUCGGCUUCUGAAUUUUUCGUGGGAGGAAUAAGCCGUAGAGAUGAGUCAGAGGAUCAUAUAGAGCUUCCUCCACCUCCUCUUCAAUGUUCAGUGAAGAUCCCAGGAUCAUCUGAGCCAACCUUGAUGAAGAUGCUCGACUGCCAGAUCCUCCCUCUCGGCCAUGAGUACAGAAUGAUCGGCUGGAAACCUAAUCACUACAAGAGUGCGGCUUAA